ACCAUAUUCAGGUGGUAAGGAGAAGGCAGAGGUAGCUGAUCGGCUGCAUCUGCCACUGUCUUCCUUCACCCGACACUCCUACACCUCAAUUCAACUCUGCUCCCUCUUCUCAGCAUGCAUCACAGUCUUACACGGUUUUAUUCCCGAACGACACGACUAGGCAGUACUGGAUAGCAACACCCCUCACUGACUCGUAACACCUCUUUACCACCAUUCACUCUAUAAUUCAAGACUCCUGUCAAGACAGUUGCAACAUACUCGUACAUAUGAGACAACAUGUGCUCGACAAGGUAGACACGGGGCAUGAUAAGAUUUACAAUACAUAAUAAGUACACCGAGCAAAUGCCAUAACAAUAUCCAUACGCUGCCGUCGCCGCGACGAAGGCAGGCACGGAUUGCUAAGCGACCAGAACACGGUUGAAUGAGGAUCGCGGCGGACUCGCCAAGUGGCAGUCGCGGCUCGACUCAGUGCGUGGUCGCGCGCGGAGGGGCAAGGAAGGGUGAUUGUGUAGAGACUGGAGACACCGCCCUUGCUACUGGUACUGCUGCUGCGAUUAUUGCUGAUAUCAUGACGACCGACAGCAUUCCCAGGAACAUUCGCUUCAUCCAGGAGGUGAAGAAGCACCCGUGCAUUUACAACUUCACGCUGCAGGACUACACCAAGAAGCACGCCACGGAAGGCGCCUGGCAGACCGUGGCCGCUGAGAUGAACGACACUGUUCGCAAUUGCAAGGACAAGUGGAAAAACCUUCGCACUGUGUUUGUCCGGAGGAUGAAGCCAGACCCAUCAGGUAGGAGGAAAACCACCAAGCCCUACUACUUGAUGGACGCCAUGCAAUUCCUGCUGCCCUUUGUCAGACUGCAACAAGGCAUCAAAUCCACAGACACCCAGAAGCUCCUCACACCUUCACGUACUGCUGCAAAAGACGGGAAAGAAGACAUUGAACACGAAAAUGAAGAUGUUCAUGAUGAUUGUGAUGGUGAGGAUGAUGAUGAUGAUGAUGAUGAUGAUGAUGAUGAUAAUGAUGAUGGUGAUGAUAAUGAUGAUAGUGAAAGAUUGGAAACUAACAGCCAACCACCUGGAGGAAGUAAUGAGUCAAAAUGCUCAAUCGAUGUUAUUCCUACUAUCACUACCAUUGCUAACACCAACACUACUCAGAAUGGGACUCCAUCUAGUACUAGAAUGACCCACAACAAUAAGAGGAGAGUUUCUAAGACCAUGUUUGUUGAUUGUAGUGAAGUAUUCGCCAAGAAGGCAAGAACCUGUAGUAAUUACACUAGUGGUGGUGACUGUGAUGGUCGUGGUGAUGGUGAUGACCCUCGCAAGCUGUUCUUAAUGAGUUUGGUGGCUGACGUGCGUGCAAUGACGGACGCCCAGAUGAGGAAGUUCAGAAAGUUGGUGUUGGACGCGAUCGACGCAGUUCUGGACGAGACUCCUAAUGGAACGCCUGGAGACACCUGAACGUGCUUCAUGCACACACACACACACACACACACACACACACACACACACACACACACACACACACACACACACACACCACACACACACACACACACACGUAAUACCCUAUAAUUAAUUAUCUGCUGUGAUGGGAGAAAUUAAGUAAAUUACACACAUUUUAUAAUGGGAUUGUCUGUGUUCUUAAUUGCACACACACACACACACACACGUAACACAAAUUGGAGCACACAACGAGUGCAUAUCCUUGCCACGUUCAUAUCCUUGCCAGCACUAUACACCAGCCAGCCAUCGCUGUUCAUGGUGACUCACCUGGUGCUUGCUGGUGCAUGAAACCAACCAUAGGAGAGGAUUUGAAAUCCGUGUCUAGCGCACUGAAAACACAAUUAUUACAUUAUACUCUGCUUAAUCUAAUGAAAGAAAGGGAGAACCAAAAAUAAAUUAAUAAAAUAUAA